AUGUCACAUUCCGCCUCGACCUCCACCACAGAUGAAAAAUCAAGAGGAGAAACGGCAACUUUACAUGCAUUAACUAUAAUGGAACCAUAUGCCACAUGCAUUAUUAACGGCCCAAAGCGUUUAGAAAAUCGAACUUACCCGCUCGAUAUUCAAAAACUAAUUAGCGAAAGCAAAUUCGGAAUUCAAGAUGAUAAAAAGGAUGGAAGUGGAGUGUGGAUCGCGAUCCAUGCCUCAUCUUCGCAGAGAAUGCUUCGACCGAACGAUCCUACAUGCUCCAUCAUUCGAUUUCAGUGUUGGUCGGAAUUGCCAUCACUGGAUUUAAUGAAAAGGAACUGUGGAAAGAUCAUUGGCGUGGCAAAGUUUUUUGCAUGCUUGAAGUCUGAGGAGGUGUCCGACGAUAAUGUUUGGAAGGGUGGUGAUUACGAGGGCGGAGGCGGAAAUAGGGGAAGGAAGAAACAGCAAUAUUGCUGGAUGAUCGAAGAAGUUAAGGCUUUGGAGACUCCCAUCGAGUGUAAGGGAAAUGUUGGGAUUUGGUAUUUAGACGAAAAUAUCGCGAAUCAGAUUUGGAAAGAGAUUAAAAAAUCUUUUUACGGUUUUGGGAUGCGUAAUCUAGGAAUUAAGCAACGUCGUGUAAAAUACAUAGACUUAUGA